ACUAAAGAAUGUGGUAAUUCUUCAAAAUGGUCGCUUUGUAUGGUUUGCCAACUUGCAUGUCUGUGUUUUAGAGUCCUUUGUUUUCGUAAAUCAUUAGAUAUAUCGCAAUAUUUCUACGAAAACACGCCCCGGUCACUGUUAUUUUGUGUAUGCACGAGCGUUGACUUUGUAAUACUAAAUUGUGUUGUGGAAGAACGAUGUCAUCGGUAAUUGGUUCAUUUGUGAAAUUUAUCUUAAGUUUCAACAGUACAAAGUUUUACAAGUAAUAAGAGCACAUCAAAGGGAGUGAAUUUCAUUGUGCUGGUGACAAAACAUUUUCAAAAAGUAUACACAAUAAAAAACACAAAUGCGAGUUGUAACAGCUGAUAAGUGCAGCUGGAGGGGUGUGCUUAUGUGAUGGGAGGGGUGGGAUGAAAGCUCGGCGCUCGGGCGCUGCGCCAUGAACCCGCCGGCGCCCGGCAAGACGGCCACGCGCUCCUCCGGGUACCACCAGAAGGCGCUCGCCGAAAUACGUAACUCCUUGCUCCCAUUCGCUAAUAUCGGAAACUCUGAACCACCCGGUUCCUCUGCAGCGAGUACUGUGAGCUCUGGAGUCAGUUCUGGUUUUAGUUCAUCAUCUGGUAACGGGCUGGAAAAGGAUCUGAAUGUGCUGCCACAAUCGCUAAAUCAAUUAAUUGCUCUUGGCUAUGAAGAGGACCCUGCGGUUAAGGCACUUAAAUAUGCAGGAGGUCGUUUUGACGCAGCUCUCGACUAUUUGUCAAAACAACAGGAACCUCUCAAUGGCGUGUUGAAGGCGGAUAACGAGUGGGUCGUCAAGUUGUACUACAGUUUUCAGGACAAGGACAAUCUAUACUUCGUCAUGGACUACAUCCCUGGGGGUGAUCUAAUGUCCUUGUUGAUAAAGUUGGGGAUAUUCGAAGAGAAUUUGGCGAGGUUUUACAUCGCCGAGUUGACCUGUGCAGUGGAGAGUGUUCAUAAAAUGGGCUUCAUCCACAGGGACAUUAAACCCGAUAAUAUUUUAAUAGACCGAGAUGGUCACAUAAAGUUGACUGACUUCGGUCUGUGCACGGGAUUCAGAUGGACGCAUAAUUCUAAAUACUAUCAAAGAAAUGAUCACGGUCGGCAGGAUUCGAUGGAUCCAGUGGAUGGUGAGUGGGGAGCAAUGGGGGAAUGUCGUUGUCAUCAGCUGAAGCCUUUAGAAAGGCGGCGCAAGCGCGAGCACCAGCGCUGUCUCGCUCACUCGCUGGUCGGUACACCAAACUACAUAGCCCCUGAGGUGCUCCAGCGCACUGGGUACACGCAGCUCUGCGACUGGUGGUCAGUCGGUGUCAUACUCUACGAAAUGCUUGUCGGAUCUCCACCUUUCCUCGCGUCUACACCCGCUGAGACGCAGUUAAAGGUGAUAAAUUGGGAAAGCACACUGCACAUACCGGACGCGGCUAACUUGUCGCGGGAGAGUAAAGAUCUCAUCCUGCAAUUGUGCUCCGGUCAGGACACGAGACUCGGGAAAGACGCCAACGAGGUGAAGCACCACCCAUUCCUCAAAAGCAUCGACUUCGAGAAGGGUUUGAGGAAGCAAGUCGCACCUUACAUCCCCAGAAUCGAGUACCCCACUGACACAUCAAACUUUGACCCAAUAGACCCCGACAAGCUUCGGAAUUCUGGCAGUUCCGACUCAAACAAGUCUGACAGCGAGCUUCUAGAUAACGGCAAGACCUUCCAUGGCUUCUUUGAGUUCACCUUCCGAAGGUUCUUCGAUGAUGGCUACACGAACAAAAUCAACCUGGACGAUGACAACCAGGGCCCCGUGUAUGUGUGAGCCGAGCCGCAGUGCAAACAGAGACACUGAGACUAACUUGUAGGAUUUUUUUUACAAAGUGUGUGCCUUUGACUCUCUAUAUUACACUAGGAAUUUUUUUUUGUAAACAUAACGAAUGUAACGUAUUUAAUUUUUUUAAUCUUAAAGCCGUAUUGUUAAUAAUCCCGGUGAUAAUGUUGUAAUAUUGUAUCGUUAUGUAAUUGUAAGUGUAAUCUUAUUUUAAUGUAAUAUAACAGAUGGACAGUCGGACAGCCUGGGUCACUAUGGUGCUUUUAGAGCGCGUCUCGCGUUCCGUUCACUGUAUACUAUUUUUGUAACUAGAGAAAUUAUUUAUGAUAUAAGAACAAUCAUGCAAAUUAGUGAAUUGGUCACUAUAUUUUCUUAUGUAUUUAUCGUGUUAGGUCGCUUGUGUGUUUGUUUAUAUAAUUGUAAAACGUAACUUAUGAAAGUCAUUAACAGUUGUAUUUUUGGAAUUGCUGUAUGUGAUGUGAUUUCAAAGUGCUUCCAUAUGGAGAAUGUCAGAUAUGUGUGCCUUAACAAUUUCUAUGAAACUAUUAAUAUUCAGAUUUGAUCGGAUUGAACUUGUAGAGUGCAAUAGCUAUUUAUUAACUCGGAAUGUACUCUUGUGUUGAAUUGUAUUGGUGGUUUUAAAAGCGUACCAAUGAAAUUGCAAUAGAUCUUCUAGUUGAAUAUGUUGGAAUAUUGUUUUAAACUAACCUAAAUUGUUUAUAUGUAGUGUGAUUAGUAGGUAUUUUAAAUCGAACAAAACAGCCGAGCACCGUGAUAGAGGCAAGUUUGUGUAUCCUCAGACGAGUUGUAGCUUGUACAGUAUAAACGAGUCACUUCACUUAAAUUAUGUGUUAUCAAAUGUAAAUUGUUUUAUUCUAAAAAUGAAACAUGCUUAUAAGAAGUAAAUGAGAAAUAAAACAUGGGAAUUUU